GGCUGAGAACAGGGAGGUGACAGGUGAAAGGUAAUCAGUUGGCAUGGAGACGAAAACAAACCAGGAAGUGCCAAGACGGAACUAAAUGUCCAAAAUCAAAACAUGACGAAACAAAACAUGAUCCAUAGGUGUGACAAUUUCUAACAAAGACAAAUCGGAUUCGGACAGAGAAAGCGACAAUUUCCCCAUUAAUUUGAGCGAGGAUGAAAGAUUCAUGGAUGAGGAAAGUGAGAGUGAAGGACUAGAAAAGAAAAAAAAAAGGCGACAGCAGUGGUAGCAAUUCAGAUGUUAUUAGACACAUUUAGAAGGAUAAUUCUGGAAAAAUCCUUAUCUGCUUAUUGUGUUAAUAGUGUUUUAGUGAGAUUAUAAAGUCAUACCUGAAAGUCGGAGGCCAGUGUCUCUGAGAGAAGCCAUUGGAGGAGCCAAGAUGACGGCUGCUGCAGGAGGACGCUAACUCCGCACAAGUCUCCGUCAGUGGAAAACAUGCUCAACAAACAAGAUGUAAGUUGUCACUCACCAUGGCUCUGAAGGUGUGGCUAAAAGAGUCAGGGCGGGGCUGAAGGCUUUAUGAAGGUGAGCACACCUGCUUGGACUAAUUAGGCCUAAUUUGGGCCAAACCAUGAUUGUCAGGAGCUGGGUGUUGUUGAUGGACAUUUGAAAGUUGUCUUGUCUAAACCUGAAUACACUGUGGACAAAAGUGACUGCUUUAAAAAUGCAAAAGUACUAUGUGAAUACUUUUUAGACAUCUGAUGGUUAUUUAUGGUUAAUUUUAUAAAAGAAGUGUUUUCUUAAUUCCCCCUGUCAACUUGGUCUCAGCUAGUGGGCGGGGCUAUGGGCUAUUUAAGUGGGGGAAAUGCCAUUUAUCUGCCAGUCUGUCACCGCCAGAGGAGGUCAGGUGUACCAGUCUGCUGUCUGUCACCGCCAGAGGAGGUCAGGUGUGCCAGUCUGCUGUCUGUCACCGCCAGAGGAGGCCAGGUGUGCCAGUCUGCUGUCUGUCACUGCCAGAGGAGGUCAGGUGUGCCAGUCUGCUGUCUGUCACUGCCAGAGGAGGCCAGGUGUGCCAGUCUGCUGUCUGUCACCGCCAGAGGAGGUCAGGUGUGCCAGUCUGCUGUCUGUCACUGCCAGAGGAGGCCAGGUGUGCCAGUCUGCUGUCUGUCACCGCCAGAGGAGGUCAGGUGUGCCAGUCUGUUGUCUGUCACUGCCAGAGGAGGUCAGGUGUGCCAGUCUGCUGUCUGUCACCGCCAGAGGAGGUCAGGUGUGCCAGUCUGUUGUCUGUCACUGCCAGAGGAGGUCAGGUGUGCCAGUCUGCUGCCUGUCACUGCCAGAGGAGGUCAGGUGUGCCAGUCUGCUGCCUGUCACUGCUAGAGGAGGUCAGGUGUGCCAGUCUGCUGUCUGUCACCGCCAGAGGAGGUCAGGUGUGCCAGUCUGCUGCCUGUCACCGCCAGAGGAGGUCAGGUGUGCCAGUCUGCUGUCUGUCACCGCCAGAGGAGGUCAGGUGUGCCAGUCUGCUGUCUGUCACUGCCAGAGGAGGUCAGGUGUGCCAGUCUGCUGUCUGUCACUGCCAGAGGAGGUCAGGUGUGCCAGUCUGCUGUCUGUCACUGCCAGAGGAGGUCAGGUGUGCCAGUCUGCUGCCUGUCACUGCCAGAGGAGGUCAGGUGUGCCAGUCUGUUGCCUGUCACUGCUAGAGGAGGUCAGGUGUGCCAGUCUGCUGCCUGUCACUGCCAGAGGAGGUCAGGUGUGCCAGUCUGCUGUCUGUCACCGCCAGAGGAGGUCAGGUGUGCCAGUCUGCUGCCUGUCACUGCCAGAGGAGGUCAGGUGUGCCAGUCUGCUGCCUGUCACUGCCAGAGGAGGUCAGGUGUGCCAGUCUGCUGUCUGUCACUGCUAGAGGAGGUCAGGUGUGCCAGUCUGCUGUCUGUCACUGCCAGAGGAGGUCAGGUGUGCCAGUCUGUUGUCUGUCACUGCCAGAGGAGGUCAGGUGUGCCAGUCUGCUGUCUGUCACUGCCAGAGGAGGUCAGGUGUGCCAGUCUGCUGUCUGUCACUGCUAGAGGAGGUCAGGUGUGCCAGUCUGCUGUCUGUCACUGCCAGAGGAGGUCAGGUGUGCCAGUCUGCUGUCUGUCACUGCCAGAGGAGGUCAGGUGUGCCAGUCUGCUGCCUGUCACUGCCAGAGGAGGUCAGGUGUGCCAGUCUGUUGCCUGUCACUGCUAGAGGAGGUCAGGUGUGCCAGUCUGCUGCCUGUCACUGCCAGAGGAGGUCAGGUGUGCUAGUCUGCUGUCUGUCACUGCCAGAAAAGGUCAGGUGUGCCAGUCUGCUGUCUGUCACUGCCAGAGGAGGUCAGGUGUGCCAGUCUGCUGUCUGUCACUGCUAGAGGAGGUCAGGUGUGCCAGUCUGUUGUCUGUCACUGCCAGAGGAGGUCAGGUGUGCCAGUCUGCUGUCUGUCACUGCCAGAGGAGGUCAGGUGUGCCAGUCUGCUGUCUGUCACUGCUAGAGGAGGUCAGGUGUGCCAGUCUGCUGUCUGUCACUGCUAGAGGAGAUUCUCUGUCCUGACCAAGAGUUUCUGUCUUCAUAGAUCAAACAACUACUGAGAUUGUUGGUGCUUUGUCUUCCUGUUUUGUUCACCUCUUGACACUU